AUGUCUUUGUAUAUCCAUCUACUGGCCUGUGCUUUCGGCCUGGGAUCCUGGGUGGCCAUUAAUGGACUGUGGGUGGAGUUACCACUAAUUGUAAACGUUCUGCCAGAAGCGUGGGACUUGCCCUCCUACCUUACAGUCAUAAUUCAGCUGGCCAAUCUCGGCCCCCUCCUGGUGACCAUCGCUCACAAGCUGUGCCCAGGCCGACUGCGUGAGAAUGUGGCGAUCUGUGUUGUGCUGACCAUCGGUGUGGUGGCAUGCAUCCUCCUGACAGUGUUUUGGAGGAACACCACUGUGUUCCUCGGGGCACCGAGAAGCACAGCCUUCUUCGUCCUCACGUUCUUCCUCGCCCUGGUGGACUGCACGUCCUCCGUCACUUUCCUGCCCUUUAUGAUGCAGCUCCCUGCCAAAUAUAUCACCACCUACUUCAUUGGUGAAGGACUGAGUGGCUUUGUGCCUGGGCUAGUAGCUCUGGGACAAGGGGCUGGGAUGUUCAAAUGUGUCAACGUCUCUCAAACAUCGGGUAACCUCUCACAGCCUGGGGAUGAAAGCUUUGCAGUGGAGACUCAGUAUCUCCCUCCCAACUUCUCCACUGAAGUCUUCUUCUCCUUUCUGGUAGUCAUGAUGGUAGUGAGCCUUGUUGCUUUCGCAAUGCUAAACCGGGUUCCCCGAACCUAUGAACUUUCCACUGAAUGUCUGGUGCCCAAAUCAGGCACUGUAGAUUCAGUCUCUGGGGGUCUGGAUAACCCUGCAGUGAGCAAUCCAAAUCCAAAGACAAAGACUCAAGAGGAUGACUUGAAAGACCAGUCUAGACCACUGGUGGUGAAGCCAUUCUACUCUCGUUGCGAGCUGGCGUUCAUCUACUUAAUGGUGGUGUGGGUGAAUGGUGCAACCAAUGGUCUGCUGCCAUCAGUGCAGACAUACUCCUGCAUGCCCUAUGGAAAUAUGGCUUAUCAUCUGUCAGCUGCUCUGGCAUCAGUUGCCAACCCUUUGGCCUGUAUUAUCGCCAUGUUCGCUCCCAAACGCUCACUGGUGUUCUUAGGUAUUCUGUGCCUGCUGGGUACUGGCUUUGGUGGGUACAACAUGGCCAUGGCAGCCAUGAGUCCCUGUCCAUUACUGCAAGGUUCACCAGUUGGAGAAGCUAUAAUCGUGCUGUCAUGGGUUUUCUUCACCGGUCUGCUGUCGUAUGUGAAGGUGAUGGUGGGUGUCAUUCUAAGGGACCAGAGCCACAAUGCCCUCGUGUGGUGUGGAGCUGCAGUGCAGCUUGGCUCGCUGGUGGGCUCCCUCAUAAUGUUUCCUCUGGUCAACAUUUAUCAUCUGUUUCAGUCAGGGGAUAUCUGCAACACCAAGUGCCCAUUAUGAUCAACUCAUGUGGUGUCAGGAACAGUGCCACCAUGUGGUAAGGACAAGUACAGCCGAUGAAUGAUCAAUGCUAAUCUAGUACUUCACUUUGUACACUCCUGUUUUACCGUAUUGGCAUUAAAACAUAUGUCUUUGCCAUGAAUCCAAAAUUCAUGUAUGGACAUGUAUGGACUUUCCAGCAUUUCUGAUCAUGAAGUUUGAAUCUCCAUCAAGGUUCUCAGUUGUGAAAGAAUGACUUCUGAUACUACAUCCAAAUUUUAAAAUUUCAGCUCAGCUGAAGCAAACAUGCAGUCUAGAAAACAAAAAGUAAGUUUUAGCCAAUAACCCUAAAUCAGCACAUCUCUAGUUAUGAAUCAUGUUAAGAUUCAUUCGAAUAACGUAUGCUGAUCCCCAACUAGACAGUAGGCUACAUGUUGCUUUUUGCUGCCGUGUAAAUGAAAAACAUGUUUGUAGAACUAGCAGUCACUUGGAUAAAACAAGUACAUUUUAGCCUUAAAGGGGAAUUCCACAAUUUUUCAAAAUUUUAUGUAAAAUGGCUCCUUGUAGAGAAACUCACAGUCUCAGAUUUCUUUACAGUGGUGAUAGGAACCAGGGGUUGCGAUGUGUAUAACAAAAACAGCCAUUAUAUUUUUAGUCAGUAUGACAAGUGAGCCUAAAUGUGCCUUCUGAGUUUUAUAUGUUGUGUUGAUAAUGGUAAAAUAGUGAUAAAUCUGGAAAAUUAGCUUUCUUUAAGUUGUAUUUUGCUUUUUUUUGUCUUUUCCACCAUGAAUGGAUUUUUCAAAACUAUGUUUUAGGCCAAAGUCUUGUCAAAAGUCUUGUAAAACAAUGUCUCGGGCAUCUGGCAGUGCAUUCAUAACCAUUUCAUGUUAUAACUUUCUGUGAGGGAGUUUGUAGAGACAUUGAGCUCUAGAGCCAUCUGGUUCAUAUCACAAUCACUGUGAACACUGUGAAAGGAGGUUUUACAUCACACUGCUCUGAAUGACUUGGUUUGUAUCCUAACCAUUUAACUGUGCAGGAAAAAAAACCAAAACAAAAAAAGGAAUUCCCCUUUAAGUUUUCCCUUUACCUUAAGUGAGCUGCGUAAAAUCUUUCCAAGGAAAUGUUUAAAUGGAACGUGAAAAAAUAUGUAAUUGUAAGUUUUAGACCUGAUGUUUAUUUUAAGCACAUUUAAGCACAAGUUUUUUUGACAAUUACAAAAUUUAAAUUUAAAUGUGUAGCUUUUAAAUGUACCUUUUUAAGCAGUUAACUUAAGUAAAAAUACUUAGUGUUUUAUGAAAGUGGCUGCUGGUGUGACUAUACUGAAUUGUACUGAAAUUGAAUUGCACUACACUGAAGUUAGCAUAAUGAAAAAUGUUAUUUUGACAGUAAAUAACAGAAUGAUACUAAGUUUUUGGAUUUUCUCUGGAUUUCUCUUGCUGAAUUUCUUAUUUAGCAAUGCACUACAUUGUGGGGGCUUUAUUGUUAAUGUGUUUUUUUUUGUUUUGUUUUUUUUUAAAUUCCAGAAUUACAUUUUUAUAAUUACUAUUUUGCACUUAUGUCUGUUUAUUGUAAUGUUAUCACAUUUCACAAUUCUGAGUCCAUGAUCAAUUAGCACUCUUCUGUUACAGACAUUACAAUUUAGAGCAUCAUAAUAUUUAGAGUGCAGUAAUGAUUAACAUGAUUUCGAAGCUCUGUAAUUUAUUUUGAACACUUCAGUACGAAUGUGAUAGUAUGAACACUUAUACUUAAUCAUUGAUUCUGCAUUGUAAGUCCUUUGCAUCGGCGGUGACCCUGAAUUUAUUAAACAAAUGAACAAACACUACCACUAGAUGGCGACAGAUAAUCACUUAAUUCUCCAUGUAUUGUUGAUCUUACAAGUAGGCAUAUUACAGACUUGGUCUGUCUAAUACUUAGAGCACUGUGCUAUUUUACAGGGGC